AUGACAGACGAUGCCGAGGCCGAGGGUUUCGCAUCCCUGGUCGAGAAGUAUGCCCCCGUCUUCGUGGUCUUAGAUUCUUCUGAGAAGGACGUUGUUGAAAAGCUUGUCGUUGUCGGCACCCGUUACAUGCGCCAGAACGCUCAAGGCUUCUGCCGCUCAGCGGGUUCCAGGCCUCUUCUGAUGAUCUACGGCAGCGACCUUACGCCUAUGUUGCACAAGCUCCGGACUUGCGUGUCUGUGGACGGCAAGAAAGAACAUCGCGAGACAAACAAGCCAGUGGAAUGGCUCUUGCACCGCGCAUACUUCGUGUUCCGGGAUGACCACCAGCGCUUGCAAGCGAGGACCAUGUUCGAGGCCCCGGUGCAGAUGGCCAGUAAGAAGAUUUGGUAUUUGUACGGUGCUGCAGAGCGGUUCUGCCCUGUGCCGCGUUGGUGGCACCCGGACGGGGUGAACUUGAGUUGGUAUGUAUUCGACCGUGGUGAGAAGGGUUCGCUCUCGAGGUGCAUGCGGCGGCGGCAUCUCCAAAAUCUCGCGGGCAUUCCCGAUCCCGCUGCUCGUCAUCGAGCCUCGUUGCUGGAUUGGGUAAUGGAUUCGGCGUGUGCCGACCAUGACGUGCAGAAUGCUCUGUGUGUCAGCUGCUCAUUUGGCAUCGACGGCAUGGACGCGAUGUACAAGAACAUAUUCAAGGCCAUCCGGUCCGCUAGGGACACACUCGACACGCUCAUGGAAACCUUGCCGGAGUGGCUGCGGGACCUUCAGGUGUCCGCGGACCCCUACGACAUGGACGCCGUCCGCGAGCUGUGGUUGGCCAUGGGCGCCAAACCGCACAUUGCCGAGGCCAUGUCACAGAUCGAUCUUCGCUGGGAAAACGGUUCCCUCCGCUGCCAUUCCCGAGUGUGCGAGAUGCCGGACCCGCUGGGCCGCGUGGGUUCUCUUGUGCUGGCAGCUUACCGUUUGACGACGUUUACGACUUCGCGCUUCCUCAGCCUGGGGAGGUCGUGCAAGGGUUUGUGCAUGGCCUUGAUGUGCGGUCUGGACCAACACAUGGCUUUCACGCGCGCCCAGCCAGGCGCGGGUGAGUGGUACUCUCAUUGCUAUGACCUGCUGGACCCUGUUGCGCGGCGUUUCGUCUGCAAGACGGCCCUCGCGUCGCAUGCGACCGACCGCAUGCACGCGCUGUUGCUGAAGGACGACCGCGUCGCGAAGAACCCGGCGAAGUUCGUCGACGCUGUCCACUCGGGUAUCCAGUACUUGCACGCGUUGAAAGUGUUUGCCGUUCUGCGGAAGCCUAUUUUCGAGGUCUGCUGCGGCGACGUCGCCGAGAAGUGCGCCGCCCUCCAGCCCUCGGAGGUUGCCGUCCCGCCGGAUCCCAUCCUCGCGAAGGUUCAGGCUUUGCUGCGCCUCGGCUACCCCAUGGCGUGCGUCGAGCAGGCCUUCGACCUGAUGCGGGGGGCCCCGUGGAGCAUUUUGCGGUGGGAGCAGAUGCACGGCGCUGGAGCAAAACAGCACCAUGUCCAUAAAGGGUUCACGGCGUCCGCGCACUCGGCCAAGACAGCCGUCAAUCUGAUGCUGCCCAUGGUCCGUGCGGCCACGCCCGCUCCGCGUCGCAGCAUGGGCGAUAUCCGGCUGGAGUCGUUGAAGCGGAAGCAGCCGCAGAACGCUGGCGGAGCUGGGGCAGCGAAGAGCGCAGUGGAGACCUACCACGUCGAGUUCCGGAAUGCCCCGCUUGACAUCCGCGACAGGUACCACGUGAAAGGAACGGCUGAUAAGCGGCGCAAGGUCGCAGAGAAUCGAGUGGCCAUCGUAGCCAUGGAGAACAAGAUAAACGAGGCGAAGCUGAAGCAGCAGCAGGAGGCUGCGGAGGCGCCCCCGCUACGAGUAGCUUGCACGGGCUGGAGUAGCGAUGGCGCGCGAGCCCUCGACGCGAUGUACCAGGGCAGCGACUUCCCCAAGAGCGUCGUUCAGCGGGAGAUCGCCAGGGACCUGAAGUGCCCGUGCCCUCCUUCGGAGCCAACGCGGCAGGCGAUGGCCGACUGCGACGACGGUUCCUGGGAAGAGCUCCCUCCGGAUUGCCCUGCUUGGGUCGCAGAUGUAUGCCGGAAUCGGGAGGCUUUCAGCACGGUUGCUUUCGUCUUCGGCGACUCCAUCGACUCGCCGACCUUCGUGCUUGGGCACGCCUCCCAGAAGCCGAUGUGGGCUGCUUUCUACCGGUUGCAGCGGGCCGCGGCGGCGGGCGCGGCCGCGGGCUCCGCCGACGCCAUGCCCGAGACGCCUCGGCAGCAGCAUCGCAACAACUGGCGAGUGCAUUUCAAGGAGUAUCUCUUCGAGGACUCCGCCGCCUUUGCCGAGCCGCCGGCAUUUGUCAUUCCAUUCGUGCGCUUCGAGGGCAAGGGCUUCGCCUGGGCCGACGUCGACCUGGUGGAGCACGGCGCCUUCUGCGAGCAGCUCCCGGAGCCCAGGAAGGAGAAGGGCAAGAAGAGGUCUAAGCGAGAGAAGGAGGACCUCGCGCUGGCCAGCAAGCACCCGUGGGUCCGUCGAUUCGCAGGCAAGCCAGACGGAGCAAAGACAGGAGGUUCGAAGAAGGAACCCCACGCGGUGGACGUUGACCUGGACGAGGAGGAGCUCAAGGCGGUGUACGCGGCCGUUGCCGAGGCGAAGCUCGAGCACAAGGGCAAGGCGGUCGAUUCGUACCGAGGUCGCCCUGCUGCAGGUGUUCCACAGGAGUGGAUGUGCAAGUUUUUCCCUGCUGGUUCACGGUCCAGCACCUUCGCCACCUCAACGUACGGCGCCGCACUUGCUGUAGGUCUGGCCCGGACUUGGGCGCAGCUCAUGCAGGACUGGUACGACAGGUGGGUGGCGGCGGGCAGGUCGGACGACGUCGACUUCGGGCCGCCCGAUGUCGACAGGUGCGCUCCCCCGAAAGUGCGCGCCGACAUCCUUGCCCUGCCAGCGGACCACUCCGCGAGGUUGCGGUAUGCCAUGGCCGCGUCCAAGAGGCAGGCGCCAGCGGGCGGUCGCAGGAAGAUGACUUUGGCGCAGGAGGAGGCCUCCAAGAGGCCAGAGGACAUCGCGCGCGUUGUGAACCGCAACAUCCCGCGCAUGUUCGGCAACGCGAUACCGCCCGCCGCAGUGGACGUCGUGCAGGUCAAUGGGGUGACCAUGCGCCGGAAUAUGAUCCAAGAAAGGACUGCGCUGCUUGCUGCGGGCAAGGUCCGGGCGGAUCCAGAGUAUUUCGGCCAGACGCUCGCGGUGCCCGCGAACCCUAGCCAGGAGCUCCACGACGGCCUGGCGGAGGUCAUCGCUGUUGCGCGAGCGCGGCAGCGUCGGGAUCGCAAGAAGGAGCCCCUCAUCCAUUGGUUGCGCCAGCGGCGCACGAAGCUGAACCAGAAGUCCGUGGUGAAAAUCGUGGACCUUCUCGUGGAGCUGCAGGCCGCUGGCUGCCCCAAGUUCGGGGGCCUCGUGGUGCAGGUCUUCUCCGCGUUCGAACGUUUGAAGAUGUUGGAGGACUGCAAGAAGGAGCUCGGCGUCGCCGUGCCAGGGUUGGAGGAGGGCUUGAAAUCGCUCUUCGCCGAGGAGUCGAGGAAGGACACAGAGUGCGACGUCUCCAUCUUCUGGAAUAAGUACAGGACGACGGCGCGCAUGUUCCUGGAUCCAGCCAUGGUGGAUUCGGUUUUGUCGGAGGUGGGUAGCUGGGAGAACGUGACUUCCCAACUCAGCGCCCUUUCGACUGGGUCCAAGCUCGGUGCCGAGUUGUUCCUCGACUUCUGCCCCGAGGUCGUGGCGGCGCACGUAUGCGGCUACAUGAAGGACCAGGCCGCCGUCUUUGCCGCCUCGGACAAGCCGGUGAACCCCGAUACGCUGGGGGAGCUCUCGGAUGGCAUGCUGGCGGAGGCAAGCCGGCUCAAGAUAGACAAUAUGGUCACCGUGGGGAAGGACUACGACAUCCCGUUCAUGGAUUCUGUUGCCACGUUGAAGUGCCACGCCAGCGUUGACCUCGCUCGCCGCCACGUCCAGGCCAUGGUGAAGACGCUGGCAGUCAAGCACGGCAAGUUGGACUUGAUGUCCAUUGAGCAGGAGAUCCGCGGUCAGCAGGCCGUCGUCCAGACCACGCGGGAGUUCGCCGAAUCCGUUCUGAAGCCGUUCAGAGACGUGCGGAAGGAGAUGGACAGGGUGUCGAAAACAGCGGUCUUCAAUGAGCCGGGCGACGUCCCGGACUUCAUGGAGUCUAAGAGGGGGCUCUGGGAGAACACCGAUGCGACGUUCGAUCUCGAGGUGGCCUACAUGAGGAAACUGGCUGGCACGGAGGGCGGCGCCUUCCUCGUGACGCAGGCCAUCGAUGAGCUUCCCGACGGCACGAAAGAGCUGAAGUUCGUGGACUGUCUGCUGAAGCUGCGGGCUCUGACUGGGACGAGGGCCUGGCAGUUCGCGAGCCCCACGUCGCAGGGCGUCGUCAACAGCCCGGUCGCCAUGAUCGCGAAGAUGGAGCGCGGCGAGGGCCCCUGCGCUGCGGAGUUCCCGGCAAACGCCCCGAUGGGGCAGGCGGGCCAGCGCGUGGCUAACUUCUGCGCUGCCAAGAAGUCAGAAGAGGUCGAUGGCGUCGCAACGGAGACCCAGGUCUACGGCGUGGAGGCGCUCACGCUCCGCAUCAACGAGGCCAAGAAGGCAGUGGGCGAGAAGACCUUGAAGGACCUCGGCCCUGUGACUGCAUGCCAGGUUUACCGGUGGCUGCUGAGCUCGGAGAUGGCCCAGGAGCUCGACGUGAUUUCUCGGAAGGCUUACGAGCUUGUGACUCAGGGCGCCACGGCCGCGAGCCAGGGCGAGAAGAAAGCUGGCGUGGCGGUGGAACACAUGGUGGCAGCGCAUACUUCUGCGAAGGCGGCGAAGGCCUUGAAGAAGGCCGCUGCGAAGCCUGCGCCCGCCAAGCCAGCCAAGAAGAAGGCCAAGAAGUCAUGAGAUUAUGGGGCGCCUUUUUCUGCGGCACUUUUGAUUCGGGGUCGGUCGUCUUGUCGAGUGCAGAGACCUUGUGGUUCGCACUGUCUGGGGUUCAAGUCGCCGCGCUGCCGUCGGGUUUGACGGCGAACGAAGUUUUCCCGAUGAGCGCU